AUGGCGGAGAGUAGUGAGCUGGCUAUCCUAGAAGACUAUCUCCUGGCAGAAGAUGCUCCUUUGCUGGAAGAAAUGGCGGAGGAAGAUGAGGAGAUUGACCUGUACAAUGAAAUGACGUUUGGGUUAGAUCGAGACUCCAUGGAAGAGGAAGUGGCAAAAGCCCUGGCUCCUCCAGUUAAAGGCCCCGAGCUGAGUCUUGUGGGCAAAAAUGAGGCAGCGGCGGUGGCAGAGGUAGCGGUGGAGGAGGAGGAUGAGUACAAGGCCACUGAGCAGCCUGGCCUGGGGGCAGAAGAGGAGCAGCCCAUGCUGGAGGAGAUGGAAGAGGCAGGGGAAGAAGGUGAGGCAGAGCCUGGGGCUCGGCAUGACGACUUUGCUGACAUGGAGGAGGAGAUAGGGGUAGAUGAACAGGAGGAGGAGGAAGAAGAAGGGGAAGAAGAGGAGCAGCAUGACGAGGACAACGAGGAGCAGAAUGAUUUGGGAGACCCAGCAGUGAUGAGAGCUGUGCACAGCAAGCCCACGCUGGAGAGCCUGGACUCAGCAGUUCUCGACAGCAGGAUCGGCUCCACCUGGGGAGAGUUCGAGGGCGAUGACUUGGACAAAGCCAUUCUCCAGGCAUUGGACAGGGGCCCCCCCAUGUCGCAUAUGAACCUGGACUUCCUUGUCUCCCCAGCGCAGAGGGGGUACCUGGGCUCCCCUGGACUCAAGCGCCCAGACUUCAGAAUGAUGUCCCCGAAAUCCUUCCCUCAGCGCUUUAUGCGGCAGCAGUCUCCCAUGAUGCCCCGCUCCAUGGGCUCCCCUCGACCGUACAUGCCGUCCCGCAGAGCCUCACCUCUCUUCACCCCCAAUCAGAGCUCGGGGUAUGUGUCUCCGACCCCCUUUAGGCCCAUGUCACGCAACAUCAGCACCCCAACGCAGCCCCUGGCCAUGCACUUUGGCCCCAUGUCUCCCUCUCUGGAGCCCCCUCUCUUCUUCAGUCCUCCAGCCGGCUGCCAGCUGAAGUUCAGUGUGCCCAGCCACAUGACCCAGCUGCACCCUCAGCAUCAGCGGAUCCUGAAUCAGCGGCAGCAGCGAGGGCAGGCGCAGAGCAUCUCCCCCAAGAAGGCAUGGUCCCCGAAGGCGGAUCCCUAUUCUGGGCUCAUGACACGCAAGGAGAAGGAUUGGGUGAUCAAGGUGCAGAUGAUGCAGCUGCAGAGUGAGAAUCCUCACCUGGACGAUUACUAUUACCAGGCCUAUUACCACAGGCUGGAGCGGAAGCAGGCAGAGGAGGAGCUGCUUGGGGGGCGCAACAAGCAGGAGCCCCCCAAGCUGGUCACACCGUACAUUCAGAAGAUGGAGAUCUAUGACUCUGUGGUGCGGAUUGCAGGCUCGCUGGGCCAGGUUGCCGUGUCCACGUGUUACAGCCCCCGUAGGGCCAUCGAUGCCGUGCACCACGCCCUGCAGGAGGAGGCUGCGGGGAACCAGCGACUUCGGGCGCUGCACAGAAUCGAGAAGAUGUUCCUGCAGCUCCUGGAAGUGGAGGAGACUCAGCGGAAGAUGAGCCUGCUGCCCGAAGAGCAGCACCCCCGUUUCCGUGAGAAGAAGAGCCAUGAAGUGGGGCGCAUCUACCAGGCCCUGAAGAUCAGGGCGUGCGACAGUGAGGAGGAGGCGGAAGAUGAGUUCCUGCAGGUCCUUUGUGUGCGGAAGGGGAAGAAACUGACCGCGCGGCUGCUGCCGCACCUGGCACGGGAGCAGGCGGAGGAGAUCCUGGUCACCGUCACCCGCCACCUGCCUUUCCUCAUGAGGAAGGAUGUGCUGGAUGAGUCCCUGCCUGUCCUGUACGGCCCCCUCAGCGAGAUGGUGGGCCGGAUGACCUUCAGCGAGCUCAUCGAGGUCCUGCAGGAGCUGACCAGGCCGCUUGCCGGCUCCACUGAGCUGCCGCUCACCAUGACCUUUAAGAACCAGUUCGGGAUCUCGCUUCUGUAUGCCCUGCUGAGUCACGGCGAGAGGCUGCUCUCCUCCGACAUGCCGCUGGAGCCGCACAGUGGGGACUUCGAGAAGUGGACGGACACAGUGUUCUUGGUUGCCAGGGAGCUGUCCCAAGUGCCCAAGACUGCCCUGGUGGAGCCUCUCUUCCUCCCCAGCAACCUCCUCUCUUUGUUCUGCCGCUACCUGGACAAGCAGACCAUCCACCGCCUGGAGGCCAAGAUGGAGUGCUCCCCUCUGCCCUCGGAGGCUGCCAUGCCAUGCUGAGACCUCCCAGCCCUGGGAAAGUGGAUGAGACCAGUUUCUUGGG